AUGGAGGAUGAAGAGCUAUCCUUCAGGAAUAUCCCUGAUAGCUUGGAGGUGUCGAGAAUCAAGGCCGAUGGAAAGAUGCGUGAUGCUUUAACUCUUCGAUUGGAUCCAUCACUUAAUCCAGAAGGUCAGAAUCUAGACAGCGAUCCAGAAAACCUAAUCGAGGAUGACUAUAAUGAAUCUCACAUUAACAAUGAUUUUGUCAGUGUUAUCCUUCCACCAAGGCCUAACCCGUUGGAAAAAUGGGACUCGUGUUUAGUAGGGUACUUCAUUGAUAAGGGUGUUGCUUUCAACUAUAUAAGGAACAGUGCUUUUAGUUUAUGGAAAAACAAAGGGCAUAAGGAAGUUCUUACAAACGAGGAGGGGUUCAUAUUUUUCAUCUUUGAAAGCCCUAACUACUGCAGUGAGGUCCUUGAAGGGGGGCCGUCGUAUAUAGGGGGUUUCCAUCUUAUCCUUAAGAAAUGGAGUCGGAUGAUGAGACUAACUAAAGAUAAAAUCCAAAAAGUCCCAGUUUGGGUUAAGUUCUUUAAUGUCUCGAUGGAAUAUUGGGAUAGUGAUGGCUUGAGUAGGAUAGCAAGUGCAGUUGGAGUUCCCUUAUUCAUGGAUCAUCUCACCAAUAAGGGAACAAGAGUCUCUUUUGCUAUAAUCUGUGUGGAAUUGGAUGCUAGCGCCAAAGAACCUCCUUCUUUCCCAAUCUAUUGUGGGGAAGAUCAAGUGAUUGCGAAGGUGGAGUAUCAGGGGCUUCCGGUUAAGUGUGAGCACUGUUUGGUUUUUGGGCACGAUACAACUAAGUGUGUUACUACCCAAGUAGCAAAGUUGGUUAAUCUCCAAAAAGAGACUGAGAACAAUUCGAAUCCUAGGUGGAGCAUUGUAAAAUCAAAAGUAAAAGAAAAGUGGGAGAACUAG